AUGCCUCACGCAGAGUCCUCAACCAUAACAACGCCUCCCACCAUCAAUGGCGUUCACCUCCACGUCAAUGAUGGCCUACUCUCCCCCAACGAGGUCGAGGCUCUAAUCCAGUCCUAUCCAGCAGAAGACCUCAACAUCCUCCGCGAAAGGUUCCGCCGGAAUGGCUACCUUCUCGUCAAGGGGCUUAUCCCGCGCGAAGAUGUUCUCUCAGCCCGUGAAUCCUACUUCAAGUCACUUGCCCCCAGCGGCGUGACCAAGCCAGGAACAUCUCUCAGAGACGGAAUAUUUGAUGAUGCAAAAUCGCCCGAAGACUACCCGGGUAUCGGUGCCGGCAGCGUCAAGAAUGCCGCCCCAGGCGAGACCGACAAGUCCGCAAUCUUCACCUCAGCAGCUUUGAAAGCGCACACGGAAGACUGGUACGCCGGCUCUGAGGAUGGCACAGUCCAAGGCUUCUGCAACCACCCGAUCCUCCACGACUUCAUCUCACGCUUCACGUUGUGGGGCGACAACACGCUCACCGUCAAGCGCACACUGCUUCGCAACAACACGCCGGGCAACAAGGCCAUUGGCGUGCACUAUGAUCAGUCCUUUAUGCGGUACGGAGAGCCAACUUCCGUGACGGCCUGGGUGCCCAUCGGCGACGUGCGGCUCGAGGGCGGCGGGCUGAUCUAUAUGCAAGACGGCGAGAAGCUAGGCGAGGAGAUUGAGAACGAGUUCACAGCCAAGGCCAAGGCAGCGGGUAUGAGUGAAGAUGAGACGAAGAACGCGUUUAAUGCAAACAUGAUGACAACAGGAUUUCUAUCCGAGGGGCCAGCGGACUUCGGAAGGAGGUAUGGUAAGAAGUGGUUGGUGAGUGCAUAUGAGGCCGGCGAUGUUGUGUUUCACUCGGCACAUAUGAUUCAUGCCUCGACUAAGAACCAUGACCCUGAGGGCCGUAUCAGACUCGGGACCGACUUGCGCUUCGUCGACAAGAGCCGACCAUGGGAUACUGUGAGGCACAUUCACACCACUAUGAUCUGA